AUCGUUGGCAGACGAGGGAGUCGGAAGUGGGAGGAGAGGGAGAGGAGGAGGAGGAGCGACAGGGAGACGAGAAGGUUGGAAGGAAGAGAGAGGAAGAGGAGGAGCCGAGGGUGUAAAGUCGCACUGAGAGAGGCAGGGACUAGAGGAGAGAAGAGCCUCAGGCUCUGCUAGCUGAUCAGGUCGUCACCCCAUAUCGCGAUGGCGCGCACGCGAGGAGAGGACCUGUCGUCUCUUGGAGUCGACUUGCCGUCGUUGGUCUCUGACACGAGGCCUCUGCGAUCAAACUCGGUCACGACUCUACCCAACAGAGCCGACCAGCUCGAGGCUUCCGAGCUGGAUGACGAGCUUAUAGAGAUCCUCUCGGAGCAGCUGAGAAGAGUCUUGUCACUCUGCAGGUCAGAGGUGGUGGAGUCCGUGCGGCCAGAGAUCGAUGCUGUCUUCCAUGCCAUCAUCUACUCGUUCUCCGUGUGGUCUGGUGCGCAGACGCCCGGGAACGUCUUUCAGAACUUGAUCUUCAUAGACUCAAGAACUUACAAUGCGUCAAAGUCGCAGGGCAAGCCGAUCUCGACCAGGCAGAAGGUCUUGCAUGGUCUGGUCUUCGUCCUCCUGCCAUGGUUGUGGGCGCGCGGCUCGCGGUACCUGGCGAAACACGAGUGGGGAGCCAUGGCUGAGCAAGACUGGAGGUAUAAGGUGUGGAAGACUGUGCAAAGGAUGGAGAGCCUUCACAAGCUUCUCGUGGUGCUGAACCUCCUCGUCUUCAUCAGGAGAGGGAAGUUCCGGUCAGUGGGGGAGCGGGUAAUAGGCAUGCGUGUCAUCCCUCAGGACCCUUCGCUGACCCGAGCUCUCAACUUCGACUACAUGAACCAAGUCCUCGCAUGGCAGACGCUGCAGGAGGUGCUGACCUCCCUCCGCCCCAUCGUCGUCAAGAAUGUCUCGCGCGCAAGAGCAAGGUUCCUCUCGGUCAUCAGCACGGGGAGGCAGAGCGAGGGGGUUGAGGAGGCUGGUGGGAGAGGCGGCGAGCGGCGAUGGGCCUGCAAUCUCUGUGGAUCAGAACCAGCGAACAGUCCUCAUUCGGGUGCCUGUGGCCAUGUCUACUGCUACUACUGCCUGAGCUCCUUGCUCCAUGACGCGAUCGACACGGCAAGGUGCAAGAGAUGCCAUGCCAAGUUACAAACAUGUCGUAGAUGUGAGGUCAGUGCCGUCGAUUAGACGCGCUUGUCCUAGCAAGAGGGGUAGCAAGACGCUUUGUUUCACUUAUUUACAGUGCCUCAUGAUACCUCC